AUGGUCUCUCUGUGCCUUGAAUCGAGAGAAUCAGUCCUUUUCUCCAAUGUCUAUGCUCCUAUUGAGUUCCAAGGUAAAGUUCUUGUUUGGAAUAAUGUUCAUUUGGUUCGUAACUUAUUUCCUUACUUGCCAUGGAUUAUUGCGGGAGACUUUAAUGCUAUUCUUGAUUUAACUGAAAAACAGGGGGGUAAUGCAAGACUUGAACCCUCUUCUCUCUUGUUUCGGGAUAAUGUCUCGGAACUUAAUCUUGUGGAUAUCAAGCCUAGCAAUGGUCAAUUCACUUGGAACAAUAGAAGAAUGGGGGAUAGGUGCAUUGCUGAACGUCUAGAUCGCUUCAUGGUAUCCUGUUUUUGGGUGGGUGGAUUGUGGUCUUCCAGCUCAGAGAUAUUAGAUUGGAGAGGAUUAGAUCAUUGGCCCAUAAAACUUGUCAUUUCUUCUGCCCGGUCGCCUCAGAUGCCACCUUUCAAGUUCCAGCUCAUGUGGCUCCGAGACCCAGACCUAUAUGGAUGUGUUGCUGAGUGGUGGAAGGAGGGUAGGCCUGCUUUUGGUAUAGCAAUGUAUAUUUUUGCUAAGCUCCUCCAAUUUGUUAAGUAUCAGCUCAAACGGUGGAACCGGCAAUGCUUCGGAAACAUUUACCAGGCGAAAACAAAGGCUCAAGCGGAAUUGAAUGAUAUUACCAGAUUGAUCAGGGAGGAUGGGGUGUCUGAGUAUUUGUUGCGGGAGGAAGCCAGGGCUUUAAAAACUUUGGAGGAAUGGGAGCUGAGAGAGGAAAUCUUUUGGAAACAAAAAGCUCAGAUUGAGUGGCUUCAAGAGGGUGAUAGGAAUACUGCUUUCUUCUUCAAUUCAGUGAAGGCCAGACAUCAUGGUAAUUCUCUUUCAUCAUUGGUGACUGACAGAGGGGAGGUCCUAUCUUCUGCCCAGGAUAUCUCAAAUGAAGCUGUUCAGUUUUUUGCCUCUUUAUUUAGGGAGGAAUCAUAG